CCAAGGGGGAGAGAGAGAGAGAGAGGAGAGAGGGAGUGUGAGGGGAGAGAACACAUCGCAGCAGAGAUGCAGCAGGAGGUUUUCCGAGAUUUCGGGUGCUGGUCAUGGUGUCCGGUGAGAAGGUGUGGGACCCCCUCCACGCGAGCCUUAUUCAGUCACGUCUGAGUGAGCGACACCUGGCUGCUGGGCUAACUCCCCUCUGCAAUACCAGACAUCAGACAACAACUAAGAACUCUACGUGCCAACGGAGUCAGCGGUUAUCACCUUUGUCUUCCCCGCCACUGUCAUCAGUGGCUGUAGACACUCUUCAACCAGUUGGGGCCUCCUCACCAUUACACCUGCCUGUCAAUUUCUGCCGCUCAAGCAAGACCAAAGGGCUAAACAAACCAGUCCACUGUCUUGGAUUGGCCUUUCAGCCUGAGGAAGAGGAGGAGGAGGAGGAGGAGGAGGAGGAGGAGGAGGAAGGAGGAGAAGUUGAGCAGUUGGAGAUGAAGGGUAAAAGGCAUGGAGGCCGUGGAGAGGCCAUGAUGGAGGACAGGCUGGAGGACAUGGCCGAUGGACCCAAAAAUGCAAAAAUCACCUUAAGCUUCCCGCUUAGUGCCGCCCCCCUCCCAGCCUCCCUGACAUCUCCAAACCACUGUCGUAGCUCUUCAUCAUCCUCCCCUUCCCCUCACAGACGGCGGCCAUCCUCCAAGAGCUCAGACGAGGGGUCGCUGUGGAAACUGGACGCUACUAUGGACGUUAAGCACAGACCAUUUAAGCCCCCGAGGCACGACAGCUCUCCGUCCUCUUCACCUUCCUCCUCCUCAUCUCCCAUGACUGUUCAUGCACUUAGUAGGAAGGAUAUCAAAUCCCCGCCUCCUCUGAAGUGCUCCAAACUCAAUCCAGAGACUCAGUUCCACAGGUCGCCCCCACGAUCCUCCAGCGGGUCCUUAGGUGGCUGUUAUGGUGGCGAUGGAUGGGAUGAGAGGCACAGGGGGGCCAACGGUACCGCCUCGCCCUCUCAAACCGCCCAGAUCCUCUUCAGUCUGGGCACGUCGGCCUAUCAAAGAGGUGGGGAUGCAGAGAGGAGAGAGAAAAUGACAGGAAGACCAGCUGGGAAAGUGGGAAGCCCUCAUGGACCAAGUCUUCACCCACCCACCCUCCACCUUCCUCCCCCCUUACCACCACCCCCUCCUCCCCCAUCUGAGGGUCUUACCGCACCCCCUCACUCAUCCUCUUAUUCCCCUACCGACAGCCUAAAGCCCGAACUGAUUUGCGGGGUGUGCCAUCGGCUUUUCAGCUCGGCCUCCUCCCUGACGGUCCACAUGCGGCUGCAUCGUGGCAGCCGCGCCCUCAAUUGCUGCUAUUGUGGCAAAGUCUUCAUCCACAGCAAGAGACUGCAGUCCCAUGAGGCCUCCUGUAGGGUGCCAGGCCUGCCCUCCAACAGCCUGGGCCCUCCUUCCCUCGCUGUGCAGCCAAAGGAGGAGCCGCUGGAGGAGGGUGAGGUGAGAGUGGAGGGGGGAGUGAUCGUGGGACAAUCAGACAUCAGUAAGGCGCGGCCGGGGAAGAAAGCACGGAGCCUCCUGGCACGUAUCCAAGGUGAUGAUGCAGCAGCCGCAGAGUUACUAGCGGGUGAUGAGCACCAUUUUGUGAAGGUGGUAGACGGCAAUAUCAUUUAUUUCUGCUCUGUGUGUGAACGUUCCUACAUGACCCUAUCCAGCCUGAAGCGUCACUCUAAUGUGCACUCAUGGCGCCGCAAAUACCCAUGCCACUUCUGCGACAAGGUCUUUGCCCUGGCUGAGUACCGCACAAAGCACGAGGUGUGGCACACUGGGGAGCGCCGCUACCAGUGCAUCUUCUGCUGGGAUGCCUUCGCCACCUACUACAAUCUCAAAACACACCAGAAGACCAUCCAUGGGAUUAACCCCAGCCUCAUCUCCAGUGAAAAGACAGCUAAUGGGGGUUAUAAACAGAAAGCUAAUGCCCUGAAACUCUACCGCCUCCUCCCCAUGCGCUCCCAGAAGAGACCCUACAAGACUUACAGUGACAGUUUGCAUAAUGGACUGCUUGUCCCACCAACUGAGACACCUUCCCUCUCCAUGCCUGGCCUGGGCUGUGCUCUGGGCCCUGGGGACUUACAAAGCCUCAUCAGUGGGGCCCACCCUCAGAGUGUGAAGCCUGACCCAGAUGACUUCCCUGAUGGCUUCCCUGUUUCUGUUGAGCAUGGGGACCUCUCCACGCUAAUACCCCUCCCCCAAACAGACAUGCCCCAAGUUAGAAAACAUGAUAGUGAGGCCCAAGGGUUAGAGCAGGGGAGAAGCAGUGGCAGCUUCAAAAUGUCUAGUAGCAGCAAAACCAAAACACCUAAGGCUGGUAGAGGCACAGACACAAGCAUGCCUUCUGUAAUAACUUAUGGCCAUACGAAACCCUCCGUCAUCGUUCAUGGAACGGCAGUGUCAUCCUCUGUCAUUGUGCAUAGCAACCAGGUCACCUCUGGAAGUGAAAAAAGCCCAAUGAGCAGUCCAUCCCCUGAAAGUAGCAACAGUCAGACUUCACACAAGGGCAUUCCCAGGCCAUUCAAAAAGCAUAGGGAUAGUGCAGAUAACCAUAGAAAGAGGUCAAGGGACAGUUCAGAUACCACAGAGGAGGGCUCAAGAGGUAGACAGGGUGAAGAGACAGGCAGAUUAUUUCACAAAUCACGCAAAUCCCACAGCAAGAGCGACAUCUUUAACUCAAAGCAGCUGUCAGCAUCUGUAGGGUCACAUGUCAAAGAGGCAGGGCCACUGUGCCAGAUUACUGUACGUAUCGGUGAGGAAGCCAUAGUGAAGCGCAGCAUCUCUGAGACGGAUCUUAGGAGAGACAAGAGCCUUUCUCCACCUAAAACCAAACGGAGUGAAACCUCAUCUGUGCGGGAAGCAAAGGAAACACGUCAUUCCCAUCACCACCACCAUAAACACCGCCUCCACCGCAGAGUCAGCCUGGAAGAAGACGGUGAUAAAGAAGGAGGAGAUUGUGAGGAGGAGGUCAGGAAAAAGAGCUCCAAAUCCCCCGAUGAAGUGAGGGAGUACUACUUCCGUCGGGAGGUGCGUGACCAGGAGAGUGACCAUGACACAGAGGAUAAUUUAUGGCGGCCUUACUACUCCUACAAGCCUAAGAGGAAGGCCCAAGCACAUCUACAGAGGGUCAAGAGCUGGCAGAGAAAACUGAAAUUCAAGCGAUCCAUCCGGUUGAAGAGGAGGACAGAUAGGCUCAAGAACCAUGUGAAUAAAGAGACAGAUAAAUCACAGGAUGAGGAAGAGGAUGAGAAGAUUGGGGAGGCCGAAAAACUGUCAAAAUCCAACAGAGACGAGGAAGAGGGGAAAAAGAAAGAUGAUCUCUCUGCCCCUUUAAAGGAGAAAAACAAAGACCCAGAAGAACAAGUUAAGGAGGCCUGUCAUGAGGUUCCCAGUCCUCCUCUGCACUCUCCAAAGUCUCCUCAGUCUACCUCAGUGGCCCCUACGGGAAUAAAGAGGCGGCCUUGGACUAAUGGGAAUGCGGCAGAGUGUGGUACAUGUGGCUGCUGGUUCUCAAGCCCCAGGAAGCGAGACAAACACGAGCUGAGCCAUCUGCUGGAGUUUGUAUGCCUCUUUUGCAGAGCCACUUUCCCCUCAAGGGAUAAGUUGGAAGACCACCAGAGAGCCCAGCAUCCCAAGCCUACUGAGGCACCUUCUGUACCCCAAAAAGUGGCAGUCGUUGAACAAGUUGAAGGGGUCGGUGUUAAAUCUGUGCCAGAAAUUGCAAAGUAUGAUGAAGAAAAAGGGGGCCAAGUAGCCUUAGUAGGGUGUAACUCUAGUCCAAGUCGCCUUAGCAGGAGAGCAUUAUCACGACACACCUGUCCACAGUGUCACAAGGUGUGCAAGACAUCUUCAGCACUAACUCGCCAUAUCCGACGCCAUGAGUUAAGCAGUUCCCCAGAGAGAGAAAGGGAAGAUAAAGACUCGGAGCCACAAACAGCAGAGAUUGUUGUUAGCACUGUUAGCAGAGACCUAGAGACUGAAAAAGGCCAAGCUCCCAGCGCUGUUUCAGUUAUCAGCUAUUCAACACCAGACCCCCCCAGCAGUAGUGACUGUUUGGCAUCACAGCACCAUGACGACCAUCUAAGUGAACUGACAGAUGAACAUCGGGUGUCAGAAUUCAGUGGCAAACCUGAACUUGCAGAGCUCUCACAUCCAGCUUUAGAGAGAGAGCCCAGCCCACAAAUUGCAGACCCUCCAUCAGAAAGUCCGGUUAACCUUACGCCCACUAAACACGAAUUCACGCCUGCCACACCCUCUGCUCUCCAGAGCGUGCUCGUCAUGAAUGGACCUGAAUGUCUGGACUACCGCACCCCCAGCAAAAAGAACCAAGACAGCCAGAUACACAGGAUACCCAGCCCUAUGCACAUCGUGGCAUCCAACAACACCUCUCCAAAUGUGCCCAUGACGUCACAGACCAGAAUAACCACUGCUGCUCCUCCUGUUUCCAUGACAACAGCUCUCAGCUCAGAGGGGGGAUUCAUGAAACGGGAUGGGGUCAUUAUGGACAGAGAGAGGCAGAGUGGGAGUGGUAUGUUUCUACACGUAGGUUACGAGGAAACACCCCGGAUCCAGGAUCUCAGAGUUCAAUCGCUGUCCAGGAGUCCCUCUCCCAAUGAAGCACAAGACCUGACCAUGUCCUCUAUUCUAGCCAGAGAGAGGGAGAUAGAGAGGCACAGAGAGAAAGAGAGGGAGCUGGAGAGACAGAGAGAAAGGGAGAGGGACAAAAAAAUGGUGAAAGAGAGAGAAAAAGAGAUAGAGAGGGCCCAUCAAAUGAGUAGAGUUUCGCACACCCCACAGGACCAGAUUUCUCUGCUAGUCCCUAAAGAUGAGCCCUUGAGCCCUGUGCCGUCCCCCCAUCAUAUCCCCCCUCAAACCACUAUGAAUGGAUCCUCCUCACACAGGCACAGUCCCAAAUCUCCCUGCCGGUCCCCCUCGACUACUGGCCUCCCAGCUCCAGGCAACCGCCAGGUUCACUCCAGUUCACAAGGACUCGACAGACUCCCUCUGCCCACUGGAGCAGCUGGUGCCGGUGACCGCCCCUCUGCCCACGCUCUGCUUCUCCCCCGAGCCCCGCAACCACCUGAGCCGGAGCACCACGAUACUGUUCCUUCCAGAGAUUCCAGAGGGAGCGCCACCCCAGUGGGCUACCAUGCCCAGAAUUACCCCAUGCCCCUUAUUGUGCCGGACAGCUACCACUCUGGUAAGAAGCAGGAGGAAAACCUGCUCAUGUCCUCCUAUCCUGCUGGAGCUUUUCCCUUUGGCCCACUGGGGAAAAUGAUGGUCCCCAAUGGCGGGGACCUGGCUAAGCUGCCGUUUUAUCCGGACCCUUACCAGCUGCUCUAUGGGCCACAGCUGCUGGCCUACCCUUAUAACCUGGCCGCUCUUCCUGUGGCUCUGAAUAUGAUGGCACCUGGGGGGGACAAGGUGGAGCCUCUGCCUUUCCUCCCUGCCAUCUUCAACUACACAGCCACUGCGGGGCAGUACAUGGGCACAGCCCCUCACCCGCUCGUGGCAAAUCCCAGCCUCUACAGCAGCAGCAGCGGCUGCAGCAGCAAGAAACAACGAGACAGCAGCAGCAGCAAACCGUAGGACACAGAAGCACUAUAAGGAAUACAUUUCAAUGGGGACGUUCUGGCCUGUUUAGCACGGGAGUGGGAGGGGUGCGUGCUCACUGGGUCACUGAGUACACUCGCACAGUACCCCUGCCUCUCCUUCAGUAGAGAUCAGAGCUAGGCAUAAUAUCAGGAGUAGGUUGAAGGGAGGAGAAGGAGCAAAGAAACGAGGGGAGAUAGGGGGCCGAUAUUACAGCGUUGAUCAUUACUCCCCCCCCUCUUUACUCUGGCUCCCCUUUUCUCCGUGUCUCUCCUGUCUUGCUGUAGUGUGUCGUAGUUCUAGAGCUUGAUUAUUCUUCCUCUCUGACUCAUUAUAUUAUCUAUAAGAAUAAGAACUGCUAACAGGAUGUGUGUCGUGUGAAAAAUUAGUUCAGUCUGCUUCCCUUUAUAGCCGCCGCAUAGCGAGGAUAAACGCUCUCCAGGGACGGCUUGUGUGGGCAAGUAAGGGAUGACACAGAAGAGUCCUCACUCAAAACACAGCUGAAGGUGGAGCAUUAAGCAACUCUUGCGUCAUAUUUUGUAUGAGCGAAUGAGAUUGCAGGUGUAUCCUGUCGUUAAUCUGUCAAUGAAAGUUCUAUAUGAGCAUGUACAUGCACAUGUAUGGAGGUGAUUUGUGCAUGCAGAGGUGGGCUACGUGUGUGUGUGUGUGUGUGUGUGUGUGUGUGUGUGUGUGUGUGUGUGUGUGUGUGUGUGUGUGUGUGUGUGUGUGUGUGUGUGUGUGUGUGUGUGUGUGUGCAAGUAAUGGAGUGUGUGCGUGAAUGGCCAGUUCAUUCCAUGUGAGACUUUUCACAGCAUUCCUACUCUAGUUGGAAUAGCUACUGUGGGUCAAUAUGUAGAAGUGCAUUUAGAAGUGAUUCCUCAUAUCCAAAUCAUUAAAGAAGUAAAUGCUACGGCUGGAUGCGAGUCUUUGACAAUGACAGAGCAUCUGAGCUUCUGAUGUCUCAACUAACCUGACAACUUUGUGGCCGUAUGGCACUGUAGGAUCUGUAUAGCAUUCACCAUAGUUUAUACCUUAUGUGCACAAAAUAGAAAGGUAGUGGUCACUUAAAGGGGACACUUGUAGCUGCUUGGGAUAUGUAGCUGGCCACUGGGUAAGAUUUAAAGGCUUGUAGACCAUUGCACUUCUGUUUUUCAUCUCAUUUCCUUCACAUUAAAUCAAGGAAAAGAAUAAAAACUUAGCCUUCGUCUUGCGUAGCUUUUUCCUCUUUGAUUGGAAGAGGAAAAGGCUCCAUUUCCUAAGCCAGGAAGAAUAAAGUGACAGCAAGGAAGGAAAUAGAAAAAUGGAUUCAGGGUAUUGAGUUAUUUCUGUGUAGGAAAAGAACUAUAAGGGCACAAAACUGUUGGACUCUUGAGUCAGAAGGACCCACAGAAAUGACUUUGGGGACAAAAAAACAAUGUCCUCCCCAACUGAGGGGGCAUUUGAAAAAAGCCGGAAUAAUUUCCCCUCCUGCCCUGUGUCGUUUACCAAGAGGUAGGAAAAGGCUGAGCUUAGCAGCCAAAGUGGUGGCCGAAACUCCCCAGGUGCCCUCCUGGGGCCUUUUUGUUAAGUGUAAUGUUAUCUCUAUGUGUUUGUUUUGAUAAACUAUGUUGUUGUUUAUGUUGUUUAGCCCUCUUACCAGAUUGAAAUGGCUUCAGUGAAAAGGGGGAGUAAACUUAAAAAUAUGAAUGUAAAUUUAGUCAUGAGGUUAAUGAAGUACAACUGCAUUAAUGGUAGAGUUGGUUUCAGUUCCUUAUUUUGUUUCUGUUUUGACACAAAUAACCUGUUAAAGAACCGUAUAACGUCUGGUAUGCAUAUAUACAGUAGUCCUAGGAACAUGUCCGUAAUCUUGGGUUCUGUAUCCACAAAGCAUGAGCAACACUUGCUUCCUAACCGUUUAUAUCCUCAGCAAAUCUGGCAUUGUGCGCACAGCUUUUGUUUCUGUUUGAUAUUUUCUGGCUCUCUUCAUCUUCCAUAUGUCUAAUAUUUUUUUUUUUUGUUAUUCAUUAUAGACCACAGUUUGGAACGAUUCCACAAAACUAGCUUCCACAUUUACAUCUCACAGUCACUAUUUAGGAGCUGUUUAAUUCUCCCUCUUCCCUCAAGCAUACACUGCACCUUCUCUGAAUGAAGUACAUAUGUUUCGGUGUGUGCGCGUGUGUGUGUGUGUGUGUGUGAUGGUAACGGGGCGCCUAUUGUAUUUAGGCAGGUGUGUAAAAACACAUUGUGACCAACUGCAGGGGCGCACAAGCCUCCCCUCGGGUGUGGUUACAAGCCUUUUUCGCGUGUAGACGUACGUGUUUUGUGUACGAAUGUGAGUGACUGCGCGAAUAUGAAAACCAAAAUCAAUCUGUCUGAGCAGCGUAUCCCUUGGCAGUAUAUGGGCCACCGUUUUUUGGGGGGGUUUUUUUGUUCUUUGACACUUUUUCUGUGGGUUAGUUUCAGUGUAAAAAAAGCCUUGCUGUCUCCAAUACACUAUCUGAAGCCAUUCCUGUAGAUGGACAUGUUUGUGUUUUUUGGACCAUUUCUUAUGCCAUAGUUUGCCAUCAUGGUUAUCAUACAGACCAAAAGCAUGCAAAUCAACGUAUUGUAGUGACUGGACUGGAAUCUGGUGGUAAUAUACAACUAUUUACUGUAUGUUUUAGUUUAAAUGAAUGUGCCUCUGCUUUGAUAUUUAAAUAAUUAUCUAUAGUAAGAUGUGGACCUGCCAGAUUUCAACUGUUAAGGUGCCUUGUUAUGGCAUAAGAAAUUUGAAUAAUAAAUGAACGUUUUCUUGAGAAAUGGCAGUAUGACUUGGAGAUAGAGUUCAUGGCUUUGUUUGCUAUGAAGCUGUUCAUAGAUGUAGGGGUGUGGCUAAACUGUUUUGGUAUCGUGUACAUGUCUAGGGUAAUACUGUGCCAUAUAGAGCCCACAAAAUAUGUUAAUGUUAUUUUUAAAAGAUGUUUUAAUGUUGCCUGAUGACUUUGUCUCUAGAUUUGAUACAAAGGCUUGUAGCCACAGCUCUGUAGUCUCCUUUUUUUUUUCUCGACAUUCUUCCUGUUCUCUCUCUCUCUCUCCCCCCUUGGUUUCCGUCUCCCUUUCUUUCUCUUUGCUGCAAUCAAACAAAAUAAAGUAUUAACCUGAUG